AUGCCACCUGUCAAAAAGGCAGAAAAGAAGAAGAAGGAAAAAAGCAAGGAAGAAGUUAAAAUCGUAGUCUUCGGUUCGGGUGGUGUGGGGAAAAGUGCUCUAAUUGUACAAAUUCAAAAUGUUUUUGUUGAACAUUAUGACCCAACCUUGGAAGAUUCUUAUCGUAAAGAUGCUAUAAUUGAUAAAAAGGAAGUAAUUUUGGAUAUUUUGGAUACUGCUGGUCAGGAAGAAUUUCACACUUUGAGAGAUCAGUAUAUCAGACAAGGAGAAGGAUACAUAAUUGUUUACAGUAUUACAAAUCGUUCCAGUUUUGAAGAAGCUUACCAAUUUAUUGAUCACAUUUUACAAACUAAAGGACUUGAGGAAUCUGAAUAUUCCAAUGCCAAGAAUAGCAUUGCCAUUAUUCUGGUUGCAAAUAAAUCAGAUUUGGAAAGUGACAGAGCUGUUACAAAAGAGGAAUCUACUGAACUAUGUCAACGUUUUGGAGGAAUUCAAUUCUAUGAAGCAAGUGCCAAGACUAGAAUGAAUGUGGAAGAAAUCUUUAAUGAUUGUGCCUCUCAAGUUUUUGCAAAAGUUAAAAAAUCAGGUGGAAAGGACGAAAAGUGUCUUUUAAUGUAA